GAAUUGGUUGAUGUAGUGUCUAACUAUUAUCUACCUAAAAUCAGUAAAAUCAAGAUCAAGUUUGAAUACUGCCAUCAAGUUGAUCUUGAAGGGUUUCCCUGGGAUCAAGGAUCAGGAGAGAGUUCCCAUGGCAGAUCCCUCAUGUGCUACCUGCUACAAGCUGCUACGAGGAUGAACUGGCAGCUGGUUGCUAGCGCUGAUGUGUCAGCUAAGGUUGUUUACAAGGACGACGAGAAAAACAAGUCGGCCGAUGUUCACAGCUGGUUUCUUGUGUACUGGCCGGCCGGCAAAUCACAAUUAUAAACAAACAAAAAGUUUUAAUUAUCAUUUUGUUCUUAUAACGAGAUAUUUGCUAAUCUUGUGCAGUUGUGCACUGCCAUACCAUAGACAGGGUUCCUAAAACAAAGGAUGCGACUUCAAAACGGCCGAACACUUAUAUAUAGCGCUAUGGAGGUAGAAUUUUAGGUUGCUGCCAUGGAUACAGUCUUUUAAGGACUAUAAAUAGUUUGGCAAAAAAAUCAAGUUUACAGCUACAUGAAACCAUUAUAAACCUAAGAAAAAAUCCUUACAAUCGUCUCUGAAGUCUCAUCCCUUAAGGGUAACCUUGUACUAGGGUUUCCAGUCGGAAUUUCGUUGCGCGGAGUUUACACGGCUCGCAAGUAAAAUCCCUUGCGUUGGAAACCCUACCUUGUCGCAUACACCGAGCUUGAACUGCACUAUUUGUACACCAAGAGAAGCAAAAUCCUUGUUAUAUUGUUUUUCUUUGUUCUUAAACUACAAAAUGUAUUAAGAUAUAUGUUUUAACCUGCAUGUCUCUCUCCUCGUGUUGACCUUUUCAUCGCUUAAACCUGUAAAGCUGAUAUUUAUGAAAACAUUUCUUUUCAACUAUUGGCACAUCAGAGUGCUUAUGACGGGUUCAAAAUCCACGUGUAAAAACGUGUUUUGGAUAUUUGACAAAUUAUUGUCUUUAACAUUAGUGAACUAUCUCACAAUCAAACUUUCUUCCUAAAUUUUAUUAAUUUUUGUAUUUGUAAAUUAUUUUCAGAAAAUUUAUAUCAAAAGAUGAUUGCGCUUGUUUAAUUCAAUUUUUUAAUGUAUUACAUCAUAUUAUGAUGUGCCCCAAGCUUUCGUGCCAUGAAUGUACAAACUGUCUGCUAUAAAUUUUCUCUUAAAGCUGUCUGUGCUUGGAAACUUGUAAAUCAAAAGUAUUCUGAGGUCAAAACUUUUCUGUGUAGUCUCCCUAACCUUAAACGUUUGAUCUCGAUGUCCAAUGUGGUCACUUUUAAAUUUGAGGAUCCUGCUAUCGAAGAGGAAUUCGAAUUUGAUUAAGAUCAAGAUCAAAGCUUAAUCUUGAAAAUUGAGAUUUAUAACACAAAAGUUUUGUCUUCAGGGUCUACAAAGAAAAGAAUCAAAACUUCGCAAGUGUAUACAAAGCAUAGCUGUAAGCCUAUUAUUUAUGUGAUUAACCUAAUUAUGGAAUGAGGGUUGCAAAAUAAAUUUGUUCCAAUCCUA